AUGGCGACGGAACCUCUGACCGUCAUCUUCGGUGCCGCCCGCAUUGGCAACAGUGAUCCAUACAUUACUGAGGAAGAUCUCCAUGUCCUCUUCUCGACCUUGAAGGCUCACGAUGUCAAGAUCCUCGAUUCCGCUCAGCUGUAUGGUAAAUCAGAACAGCGUCUGGGUGAAGUCAAGGCGGGGGAGCAGUUUACCAUCGAUACAAAGUGGGUUGCGGGAUGGGUUCCCGGCUCGGCCACCAAAGAGAACAUCAUCAAUUCGGCGAGGGACAGUGUCAAGAAAUUGGGCGUGAAGCCGGUCGACAUUUUCUACCUCCAUUCUCCCGAUGUCCAAACACCCCUCGAAGAGACUCUUGACGGCGUCAACGAAGUGUACAAGGCUGGUGUCUUCAAGCGCUUUGGCCUCUCCAACUAUUCCGCCGCAGACGUCCAGAAAGUCUACGAUCACUGCAAAGCGAAAGGCUAUGUCCUCCCCACCGUGUAUCAAGGCAAUUACAGCCCCGUGGCACGACUCCAAGAGACGCUUCUCUUCCCGACCCUCCGCAAACUCAACAUGGCCUUUUAUGCCUACAGUCCUUUGGCCGGUGGCUUCUUGACCAAGACCGCACAGCAAGUCAAAGAGGGAGCAGGACGAUUUUCCGAAGAGGCCCUUGGCGGUUUGUACCGACGAUUGUACAUGAGGCCCACUUACCUCGACGCCCUGGCCAAAUGGGAAAAGAUCGCCAACGAAGAAGGCUGUUCCCCUGCCGAACUUGCAUAUCGAUGGGUUACAUACAACUCGCCGCUGGGGAAGGAGUAUGGUGACGGAAUCAUCAUCGGCGCGAGUAGUCACAAGCAAUUAGAGCAGACCCUCCAGGGCAUCAAGAAGGGCAAAUUGAGCGAGAAGGCUUGCAAUGGCAUCGACGACAUAUGGGAGGAGAUCAAGCAUGAGGCUCCCUUGGACAACUUCUACCAUUGA